AUGUCACUGAAUCCGUGUAUGUUUGAUCGCGACGCUUGUUUACCGAUAGAGGAUUUUGAGGUGAACUGCACAUGUAUACUCACUUCUAAGGAACCUAUUGAGGCGACAGAAGACAUCUUUAUGUUCUUCAUGGGGCACGAAUUCCCCUUUUAUCUAUUUAAACAGGCUGAACCUGCGAAUCCCGGCUUCUCAUCACUUGCAUUCAUCGCUGGACAUGCCAGAGACCAUUUACAAGGAAUCGCUUUUGUUGGAGGAGCAAGAAAUCUUCGAUUUGAAGAGAAUAUGGCACUUUUUCUGGCAAAUUCGACAAUGUGCCCAAAAAUUCUUCGUCAUCUCAAAAACGAAAAUUACAUUCGAACCUCUGAUCUGCGUGAGAACUCGGCCAAGUGGUGCGCUGAGGGUGAAUGCGAGGCGUUUGUUCACACUGAGGAGCUGUUUAACAAAUCAUCAGGUAAGCAGUUGAGUAUCAAACCUUUAGUGCGUCAUCAGCUUUGCCAGCAUAAAUGCAAACGAUUCUAUUGGAAUGAGGGAAUCCUGUGUCGACAGAAGUGCGUGCAGAAUAUACGAUACGAUCAGGUCGCCGUCAUUGGAACGUUGAAACGUCAGUUUGGAGACUUUGUACGAGUGUCAGUCGUGCACAAUUUUAGAGAGAAAUACGCUAAAUAUUUAUCUGUACGGUUAUAA